AGAAAACAACAGGGUUAUAAACGGAACACCAUCAAAUCAUAAAGGUCCUUUUAAUGACACUCAGUACUAGUCGGUGUCGCCAAAAUUGGGGAAAUUUUGGGUCUAAAACCCUAGUUCUACUCACGCUGUUACGAAGAACUAAAGUAAGAUCUAUCAACUCAAGCUAUGGUUGAUUGGUGGAUAUCUUUGGUGGGGGCCGCAGUUCCCGCACUGGUGGCGGGCCAAGCAAUACGAAUGAAGAACCGAAGAGCAGAAGAAGAACGAUUAAAGAGCGCUAGAGGUCGUGAAAAAAGUUCUGAUGAUAUUUUUGUGUGUGAAAGGGUGUGCACUUCAAAACGGAUGCUAAAGAAAGUCGGGUCAUUUUCUAAAGACCCCGAGCCAAACACAUGUGUCACGGUUUGCGGUGUCUCUGAGCUUGAUGCUUGUGCUGAUGCGUGUGCCCGAACCGUUUGUGUGAACCAGCAUCAAGUUCCAAACUGGAAUGAUAUCUGUUUGAAGAGGUGCCAAAGUGAGUGCUUAAAGCUCUCAAACUCUUCAAUUUUGCCUUGAUGAUAUUUACUGUAUUUUCGUCGUUUUGAAAAUAUUUCGAUUUCUGUUGUGAAUUCAUGAUAUUGAAGUUUGAUCAACGGGUUAUGUUUUAAUAUGACAUCUUUUUGGUC